GGCUUGUGAUAUUGUGUGAAGUUGGCCGCGCAUCGUGGAAACAAAGUGGAUGGUAGUUCAUAAUCGUCAUUCGUGGUUACGUUCCGGUGGCUGACAGUGCGAGUGUCAAUGGUGUCAGUGCCGUCAAAUUUUGUUUGAUAUCUGUUUAAAAACCGCUGACGGGUAAUGUUAUAGGCCACGUAGCGCCAUUCUCGAGAAGCGCAGUGCAAUGUUGUUUUUGGAAAGCCAUCCGGAAUAAAUUUGAUGCGAUCAUCGUUCUGUCACUUAGAUUCGCAAGAGAAGAUUGCGCAGUAAUAGAGGCCAAAGGUAGCAAAAGAUGUUGGCGGGCAGCCAGCCGCGCCAUAGCCACAUGUAUUGCCUUUCGCUAGCUUGUUACAAUGUUGACACACUGAGGAACGAGUAUUGACCGAGCGUAGAUCUCGAAUUGCCGCGUGAGGAGUAGGGUGAUGAUGCAAAAUAACUCCAAGACCAGAGAAAUGUUUAUCGUCCGAGCUUUGGAAAAGAUACUAGCCGAUCGAGAUGUUAAGAAAUCGCAUCUCUCGCAACUCAGGAAGUCCUGCGAGUCUGCGCUCGAGGAUCUUCGCAAUGAGAUUAAAGAUGUACCAACUAUACAAGGGGAAGAGAUGAUCUCAAAUGCCCUUCCACAGCCAAAGAGUGAUUCUAAUGUCAUCACCGCUGAAAAAUACUUCCUGCCGUUUGAAUUAGCAUGUCAGAGCAAGGCGCCACGUAUUGUGGUGACAGCAUUAGACUGUCUACAGAAAUUAAUUGCAUAUGGUCAUCUCACUGGCAAUGUGCCAGAUUCGACCGAGCCUAACAAGCUGCUAAUUGUGCGUAUUGUUGAGACAAUCUGCGGUUGCUUUACUGGUCCACAGACUGACGAGGGUGUGCAGCUACAAAUUAUCAAAGCGUUGCUAACUGUAAUGACAAGUCAACACGUGGAGGUACAUGAGGGUACAGUGUUAUUGACCAUCCGCACUGUUUACAAUGUUUAUUUAGCAUCGCGCAACCUGGUAAAUCAGACAACAGCCCGUGCAACUCUUACACAGAUGAUCAAUGUUAUCUUUACACGGAUGGAAACUCAGGCUGAAGAGGAGAACAUAAGGAUUGAUGGAGAGCAUCAGCAGGAAGUCUCCAUGAAUGGCGAGACUGAAUUGAAUGCAGAAAACGCUCUUGGUAAUGACAUUAUUGAUUCUCAAACGAUUGUCAAGAGUAUCCUCAAUGACGUAGUGAACUCUAUUGUGCCAUCGGAAGAGGAAGUUAGUCUGGAGAAUGGCAGUCCAGAAGACAACGGUGACGAGGCGGCCACUGAAAAUGAUAACAUGGUUACUGCAAAAUUUACUCAUGUGCUGCAAAAAGAUGCAUUUCUCGUGUUUCGUGCUCUCUGCAAACUCUCUAUGAAGCCGCUACCAGACGGCACUCCUGAUCCAAGAUCGCAUGAACUCCGUUCUAAGAUCUUGUCGCUUCAGUUACUUCUAGGAAUCCUGCAGAAUGCCGGUUCAGUGCUGCGCUCCAACGAGAUGUUUGUUAUUGCCAUUAAGCAGUACUUGUGUGUCGCAUUGUCAAAAAAUGGUGUGUCUUCGGUACCAGAAGUGUUUGAAUUGUCAUUGGCGUUAUUCCUGGCACUACUCGCACGUUUCAAGAUGCACCUCAAAAUGCAGAUCGAAGUAUUUUUUAAGGAAAUCUUUAUGAAUAUCCUCGAGACUUCCAGCAGUUCCUUUGAACACAAAUGGAUGGUUAUACAUGCACUUACGAGGAUCUGUGCUGAUGCUCAGAGCGUUGUCGAUAUCUACGUCAACUACGAUUGUGAUCUCUCAGCAGCGAAUCUUUUUGAGAGACUUGUCAACGAUCUUUCUAAAAUUGCUCAGGGUCGACAGGCUCUCGAGUUAGGUGCGUCACCAAAUCAGGAGAAAUCUAUGCGUAUCCGCGGCCUCGAAUGCCUUGUAUCUAUUUUGAAAUGCAUGGUGGAAUGGAGUCGAGAUUUGUAUGUGAAUCCUAGCGUGCCAGCGGACCAACAACCAUUGACAGAUCCACCAGACACAGCGCCGGAAACUCCACUGCCACGUUACGGCAGUGCCGGUAGUCUUUCGUCAGCCAAUUCUAGUCUGACUGGUAAUAAGGAAGUGCCAGAUUCACCAGAACAGUAUGAAGUGCAAAAACAGCAGAAGGAGGUAUGGGAGACUGGCAUUGAAAUUUUCAGUCGGAAACCUGGCAAAGGCGUACAGUACCUGCAGGAGCAAGGAUUGCUCGGUAGUUCGCCAGAGGAUGUGGCUAGGUGGCUACAUUUGGACGAACGGCUCGACAAGACCGCUAUUGGAGACUUUUUGGGCGAUCAUAAUCACAAUCAGGUAAUGUACCAUUACAUUGACCAGAUGAAUUUUGCUGAACGCGAUUUAGUAACCGCACUCAGGUAUUUUCUGGAAGGCUUUCGGCUGCCCGGCGAAGCGCAGAAGAUCGAUCGCUUGAUGGAAAAAUUUGCUAGUCGUUAUUGCGAAUGUAAUCCUAACAACGGUCUCUUCACAAGUGCAGAUACAGCCUAUGUUCUUGGCUUUUCAAUCAUAAUGCUGACCACCGAUUUGCAUUCGCCACAAGUCAAAAAUAAAAUGACCAAAGAACAGUAUAUCAGGCUUAAUCGGCGCAUCAGUGAUAACGAGGAUCUUCCUGAGGAAUAUCUUUCCAAAAUUUAUGACGAAAUUGCCGGCAAUGAAAUUAAGAUGAAGUCGAACCCGAAUAAUAGUCGGCUCGCCGGUAAACAGUUGAUCUCUAGCGAGAAGAAGCGACGAUUAUUAUGGAAUAUGGAAAUGGAAGUAAUCUCCACAGCAGCGAAGAACUUGAUGGAAUCUGUCAGUCACGUUCAAGCACCGUUUACCACGGCAAAACAUCUGGAACAUGUACGACCAAUGUUCAAAAUAGCUUGGACGCCAUUCCUCGCGGCCUUUAGCGUUGGCCUUCAAGACUGCGAUGAUCCGGAAAUCGCGUCGCUCUGCUUGGAUGGUAUCAGGUGUGCCAUUCGUAUCGCUUGCAUUUUUCACAUGAGCCUCGAGCGCGACGCCUACGUGCAAGCGUUGGCGAGAUUCACUUUGUUGACGGCGAAUUCGCCCAUUACUGAGAUGAAGGCAAAGAACAUCGAUACUAUCAAAACUCUCAUUACAGUAGCUCACACUGAUGGCAAUUAUCUAGGUAGUUCGUGGCUUGAUGUUGUCAAAUGCAUCUCUCAAUUGGAGUUGGCGCAGCUGAUCGGUACCGGAGUGCGGCCACAGUUAUUGGGCCCACCAUCAAAACCGCAUUUUUCAUCGCCAUUAGCGAACUUCGGCAAUCUCACACACUCUGCUAGUUCACAUCAGAGUAAUAAUCUUAAUCUGAGUUCGUUGGACCCCAGCGUGAAGGAAUCGAUUGGCGAAACUAGUUCACAGAGCGUUGUCGUAGCGGUUGAUCGUAUCUUCACUGGUUCGACGAGACUCGAUGGCGAUGCCAUUGUCGAAUUUGUCAAGGCUCUCUGUCAGGUAUCCCUCGAGGAGCUGGCACAUCCUACACAACCGCGUAUGUUUUCUCUUACGAAGAUCGUUGAGAUCUCGUAUUACAACAUGGGUCGUAUUAGGCUGCAGUGGUCCAGAAUCUGGCAAGUUCUCGGCGAUCAUUUCGACAGAGUAGGAUGCAGUCCUCGACAGGAUAUUGCAUUUUUUGCAGUGGAUUCUUUGAGACAACUGGCCACUAAAUUUAUUGAAAAAGGCGAGUUUGCCAAUUUUAGAUUCCAGAAAGACUUUCUCAGGCCAUUUGAACACAUCAUGAAGAAAAAUAGAUCGCCUGUGAUUAGAGAUAUGGUUGUAAGAUGCGUGGCGCAGAUUGUUCAUUCACAAGCACCCAACAUUAGAUCCGGUUGGAAAAACAUCUUUAGUGUUUUUCAUCAUGCGGCCAGCGAUCGUGAUGAGUCUGUCGUCGAAUUGGCCUUUUCUAUGACCGGCAAGAUUAUUAAUGAGCUCUAUGCAGAGGACUUUAGCAUUAUGGUGGAUUCCUUCCAGGACGCCGUUAAAUGCCUUAGUGAAUUCGCAUGCAACGCGUCUUUUCCGGAUACUAGUAUGGAGGCGAUCCGGCUAAUACGUUCCUGCGCAUCUUAUAUCGAUGCGAAUCCCAAUCUUUUUGCUGAGGGCAUGAUGGAUGACAGCGGAAUAGUUUCCGAGGAAGAUCGAGCUUGGGUGAGAGGAUGGUUCCCGCUAUUGUUUGAAUUAUCUUGCGUUGUGAGUAGAUGUAAGCUGGAUGUCAGGACGCGCGCAUUGACAGUACUCUUUGAUGUCGUUAAAACCCAUGGUGCAUCUUUCAAACCCCAUUGGUGGAAAGAUCUCUUUCAAGUUCUUUUUAGGAUCUUUGACAAUAUGAAGCUGCCUGAACAGCACACCGAGAAAGCUGAAUGGAUGACAACAACAUGCAAUCAUGCAUUAUAUGCCAUCGUGGAUGUGUUUUCACAGUUUUACGAUAUUUUGGGUCCCUUAUUGCUAGAGCAGCUAUAUUUUCAACUUCUCUGGUGUGUUCAACAGGAUAACGAACAAUUGGCACGAUCGGGCACCAAUUGUUUGGAGAAUCUAGUUAUCAGCAAUGGCAUUAAAUUUGAUGAACAGACUUGGGAAAAGACUUGCCAAUGCGUUCUGGACAUUUUCGAGAGCACUUUACCGUCUGCGUUGCUCACAUGGAAACCACAUUCGCCCAAGGAAUCUGAUCUUGACGUGAUUAUCGGCGAGUCCGACGGUCUUCAUGUUGGUAUCCUAAAGCGAAGCAACAGCGUGCAGAGUUUGAACACCGAGACAUUGCCAAAGGCGAAGCUCUUCUCCGCAUUACAAAUAAAAUGCGUGGUCCAACUUGAAUUAAUACAGACUAUCGACAAUAUCGUCUUUUAUCCGGCGACAUCACGUAAAGAAGAUCAGGAGAAUCUGGCACUUGCACAGGCUGACAUGCUGAACGGCAAGUCGUCGGAGCUUGUAAAGGCCGGCGCUGAUCAGCAAAAGGAGGAACAGGGCAUGUACUGCGCCCUGACGACUAACCAUCUCCUGCAGUUGAUAGAAUGUUUGCUGCGAUCGCAUCGCUUCGCCAAAAGUUUCAAUUCGGAUCACGAACAGCGUAAUGUGCUGUGGAAAGCUAGCUUUCGUGGUAAUAUGAAGCCAAACCUGUUGAAACAGGAAACGCAGUCGCUCGCAUGCGCAUUGCGUAUCCUCUUUAAGAUGUAUAGCGACGAGGCGCACCGUGCAGAUUGGUCCAAAGUCGAAACGCGUCUAAUUGAGGUGGCAUGCGAGGCUCUUGAGUAUUUCCUGGCACUCGCCAGCGAAGCCCAUCGCGACGCUUGGACUCCGAUUUUGUUACUGCUACUCACACGUAUCCUCAAGAUGAGUGAUCAUCGCUUUGCAGUUCAUGCCUCUAACUGCUAUCCUUCUCUCUGCGAAGUUAUGUGUUUUGACCUCAAGCCUGAGCUCAGAUCAGUGCUGCGUAGAUUCUUUCUCAGAAUCGGGCCAGUCUUCAGAAUCACGCAGCAGCAGUGAUGGCUAGUGAAUAGCAAUGGACUAUCAACGGGUACUUAAAAUUAUUUCGAAUGAAAUCGCUUAAAUUACUGUAACGUUGGCAAGAGAGAUGAUAUUGUAUACCUGUCUCUAUCCCAACAAUAGGAUUGUAAUUAAAUGUAAAGCAUGAUUAGAUACUUUGGCUCAUGUUAAAUUAUUCAUAUACGAACCAACAAUUUCAUAUAAAUUUUUAUAUUGUGUUGAAUUAACAUAUUCGCAUUAUUUUCAUUCAGUUCAUCACCAAUUUGUUAUUACCCUUCUACAUAACGCUAAAUGUUUAUUAUAUUUGUUCAAUGUGUAUUUUUUGCGAGCAAUAUGAUGACAUAACGAUUUAUUAUUAAUAAAUAUAAGCUUUUAAUAUAA